CCCAUAACCAUAUCAUCCCACAUGGUACACAGUCGACCGAUGCAGCCUGUCCCAUUGGCCAAUAGAGUUGAAAAGGAAUGCGCCAUCUCAGGCCUACAGGAGGUGGAUGAAUCCUCCGCGGCUGUAGCGGAACUGGCCUCUGAGCAGCACUCCGUUGGUCUGGUUUCGACGGAGCCCUACGAGGAGAUUGAGGAAUCUAUCCAAAUCACGUCAGCAUAA